AGUACCCACCUCCCCGUUCUUUAGGGUUUUCCAAUAGUGAAUAGGCAGACGAAAGGUGGCGGGAAGAAAGGCAGCAGCAGCGGCGGCAGGUAUACAUACAACUGCGUAUUAGUAGAGCAUUCACUAAGCAAGCAAACAAGUGGAGAGAGACGGCGUAAACCUGGCUGAUCUCCCUGCUUUACUGUUUCUGGGUUUUCCCCCCGCGGCGUGUUCUGCGAAACGAAAGUAUUAUCUAGUAAAGUCAAUUCUCCUCUUUUCUUUUUUCCUUGUUGUGCUGAUCCUCCGGUCAAACACUCUGGAGACACCGAGGUUUUUCUUUAUCUAAGCGAGGGUUAAAGGAAAAAAUAAAGAGAAAGUGUAUAUUUCUUUCGCGCAACUCUGCGUCUAUCACGUUUGACGUGUUGACGCACACAGGCGCGCUUUGCUAUCGAUUAUUAUCACACGGCUCAGCCACAACAUCGCUUUACACCACCCCAAAGGCAAACAAACAAUUCAACCAGCAUGUUCCGCACGUCGCUGGCACGAUCGUUGCUGCGCCGCGCGACGGCACCCAGCAAGAGAACCACCGUCGCCGCCGCCACCGCCGCGUCGCUCUGCUUUCCGCGCAAGUUUGAAAGCACCAUUGCGAAGGGUGGAGAGGAAUUGGCGAGCACAGCAACGGACACUCCCGCUGCGAACGCACGCGCCACGGCAGCCACCGCCACGGAGCCGCCGCUGCGCGCCACGCCGGCCGAAAAGGCAUCUCCACCCUCCAAGCCUCACGGCAUCGACUACGCCAGUCUCUACGCGCACCACCCGGUCGACUACGAGCGGUCGACGACGCAGGCCCCGAACAUCCUGCGCUUUCCUGCUGACGUGUCGAACCCGGCCUUCCAGGAGAACAUGCGGCGGAUGGAGGGCCUCGUCGAGCAGCUGCGGGCGCGUGUGCGCUACGUGCAGGCCGGGGGUGUCAUUUCAGCGGAAGAGGCGGCCGCAGCGGGUGUGUCGCUCGACUCCAAAAAGGCAGACGAUCUGGUCCGCACGUUGCACCUCAGCCGAGGAAAGAUGCUCGCACGGGAGCGGAUCGAGAAGCUGGUGGAUCCCGGCACGCGCUUCCUUGAGCUCUCACAGCUGGCCGGCUGGGACCUCUACUGGGACGAGAAGAGUAAGUCCUACGAGCGCUGCUACAGCGGCGGCAUCGUGACCGGUGUGGGGGUGGUGAGCGGAGUGCGCUGCAUGAUCGUCGCGAACGACGCCACCGUGAAAGGGGGCACCUACUACCCCAUCACCGUCAAGAAGCACCUGCGAGCGCAGAAGAUCGCGGAGCAGAACCACCUGCCCUGCAUCUACGUCGUCGACAGCGGCGGUGCGAACCUCAGCCGCCAGGACGACGUCUUCCCCGACGAGCAGCACUUCGGCCGCAUCUUCUUCAACGAGGCGAGCAUGUCGCACAAGAACAUCACACAGAUUGCGGUGGUGCUGGGCAGCUGCACGGCCGGCGGCGCCUACGUGCCGGCGAUGGCGGAUGAGGCGAUUCUGGUGGCCCGUACCGGGACGAUCUUCCUCGGGGGUCCGCCGUUGGUGCUGGCGGCGACCGGUGAGGUGGUUACCCCGGAGGACCUCGGCGGCGCGGACGUGCACUGCCGCGUCAGCGGUGUAGCGGACCACUACGCGACGGAUGACCUGCACGCCCUCUACGUCGCCCGCCGCUGCGUGGCGAACCUGAACCUGCGGCGCUGGAAUGAGCGGCGCAACCCGACCGACGUGAAGCCGGUUGCCCCGCUGUACGACCCGAAGGAGCUGGGUGGCUUUAUUCCGGAUAUGCUGGCCGCCGUCGUGAAGAGCUUCGACGUGCGUGCCGUUAUCGCCCGCAUCGUGGAUGGCAGCCACUUCGACGAGUUCAAGGCCCUAUACGGCACCACGCUGGUCUGCGGCUUCGCACACGUGGAGGGGAUGGAGGUGGGCAUCGUCGCAAACAACGGCAUCCUCUACUCGGAGUCCGCGCUGAAGGGGGCUCACUUUAUUCGACUGUGCUGCCAGCGCAACGUCCCGCUUCUCUUUCUGCAGAACAUCACGGGCUUUAUGGUGGGGAAGAAGUACGAGGAGGGCGGCAUCGCGCGGAACGGCGCUCGCCUGGUCACUGCUGUGGCGACGGCAACCGUGGCGAAGAUCACGGUGCUGAUCGGUGGCAGCUACGGCGCCGGCAACUACGGCAUGUGCGGACGCGCCUUCGAGCCGCGGUUUCUCUUUAUGUGGCCGAACGCACGGGUGAGCGUGAUGGGCGGCAACCAGGCCGCUACCGUGCUCGCCCUCACGGACCGCCGUCUGAAGAACGCGUCGGCGGCGGAGGUGCAGGCUUUCAAGGACACGGUGAAGGAGAAGUACGACAGGGAGGGCUCGUGCUACUACAGCACGGCGCGCCUGUGGGACGACGGGGUGAUUGCGCCGGAGGACACGCGUACGGUGGUGGCCGAGGCGCUGCGUGCGACACGGCUGGUGCCAACCACGAACACGGAGCAGUAA